UUCCGUUUGCCUCAGCUGACAGGAACUCAACUCAUACAUCGGAAAGAAAUGAUGCCGAAGAGAUGCUGUCAGUUGUUGGGAGUACUCCUUUUAUCGAAGACUCUCUUUAGUUUGGUAGUUGAUGCUUGCCAAGAGGGUCCGAGUACAUGCAGUUGCGAUGGUAGCGACUGGAUGUGCAAGAGUAGUACUAACGCCAUUGGUCAUACUUGUCAAGUGGAGCAGAGCGGGUCACAAUGUCACCAGAAAUGCGACAGGAAAUUUAACGUUUGUAAAAUGAAUCUGACAUGUCGCGGAGGGGAUUGUGAACAAAUUUGCAAAGCAAAAGAAUGUCAUCUGAGGUGUAACGGGAAUAAAUGCAAAAAACAGCAAUGCGAAAAUGAAGUAAACAAAUGCGAAAUGCAUGUGGGAUGUAAAGGGGGGGAAUGUGAACAAAUUUGCAAGGCUAAACAAAAAUGUGAUAUGGAUUGUAGUGGAGGCUUUUGUAAAAUGCAGAAAUGCGAAGAUGAAGUAGAGAAAUGCAAAAUGAGUCUGGCAUGUAAUAGCAGUAACGAUUGUGAACAAAUUUGCAAGGCCAACACGUGUGAAAUGAAAUGUAGUGGAGGCAGGUGCACAAAACAGGAAUGCGAUAAUCAAGUAGGAAAUUGCACAAUGCAUCUGAGAUGUAGCAGGGAGAUUGAUUGUGCACAAAAUUGUAAGAAUGAAAGAGAAUGUGAUAUGGAAUGUUUUGGAUGCUCACAAAGCUGCGAGGCUACCACAUGUCGCAUGACUAGAAUCUGGCAAAGCAGUUUUCAGGAUAAGCUUAUAUGCUCUGGAAACGGUAGAUGUUGUGGAAUUUUAACGUAG